CCGGUAGAGAGGAGCCUAUCCUAGCGUCUGAGUCGCGCGGCUCGGGAGGAGGUGCCGUGGCGAAUCCAACCGGACGGGAGGAGAGGGCGAGAAGAGCAGGCGGUGUGUGCACGCCCCUUCCGCCCUGAGCCCGGAAGGGUGAUGUGGCUGGGGCAUCGCCGGCCUCACUAUGUCUGCUAUUUUCAAUUUUCAGAGUCUGUUGACUGUAAUCUUGCUGCUUAUAUGUACCUGUGCUUAUAUCCGAUCCCUGGCACCCAGCGUCCUGGACAGAAAUAAAACUGGACUAUUGGGUAUAUUUUGGAAGUGUGCCAGAAUUGGUGAACGGAAAAGUCCUUAUGUUGCAGUAUGCUGUAUAGUAAUGGCCUUCAGCAUCCUCUUCAUGCAGUAGCUUGGAAAAAUGCCAGAAUUUAAUUGCCAUCAGAUUUCAAUGUGAACAAGGACUUAUCUGCAAAAAAUAAUGGAAAGAACAGUUAACCCUUUAUCUCCAAACAUGGAAUGAGAUAAAUUUCCAGAUGCUGUUCUCUAUUUUUGUGUUAUUGGACCAAUGUUCUAUAUAAAUAAUUAAGAUGUAACCAUUUAAUACUCAGAGAAGUUAAUAGUCUGUAACAAUCAACCUCAGUACUGUCAUGACAAUAUUACAUUCUGCAAAUGUCAUUCUUUGUGUCAGACACCAAUUUUUCGUGAGGUAUCUCUAAGACACAUAGUAUAAAAGAAAAUAGCAAAUUGCUCAAGUUCCUUUCACUAUGAUUUAGAAAUGAUAAAUCUUUAUAGAAUGAGAACUUUUUUGUACUAAUGUUUUUAUUGAGAAAACAAUGAUUCAAUUUGUGUUGGUAAAGAUUGCUUUCAUAUUUCAUAAUGCUUGCUUUUUCCUUUGGGGACACCAUUUUGAUCAUUAACCAGAGUACCUCUACUCUUAGCAAACUCUGUAGUUUAUUACAGGUGUUUAAAAUAUUUAAAAUAAGCCCAUGCAAUUUUUAAGAAGAUAAAUGAGGUGUGACUUAUAAUUGGUAUUGGGAAAUGUUCAUAUUUAAAAUAAGAGGAUAAAGACUACCCACUGGCAUAGUAGCCUCUGAUCCCUCUGGUCAAGUGUAGGUGAAUGUCACAAGUAUAAGUUUUACCAGUUAGCUGGUGUUCCGUGAAAAAGAGAACAUUCUCAGAAUUAGAAGAGUAAAGGAGAAUAAUUAUAGAAUGAUAAUCCUAGAAGUGUUAAAAGUGUCAGGUCGUCAAAAACUGAAACAUAUAUUUUAAUUGCCCCCAAAUGAAAUGUAUUUUGGGUUUGUUGUGGUUUUUUUGUUUUGUUUUUUUUAAUACAGCACUUUAAAUCUAGUGUAUGUUUUUUUCUGUUAACUUGAACUGGAAUAUCUUGUGUAACUUUGUAGAUGAUAAACAGUUUUCAUAUCUACUUAUUCACAUGCUAUGGCAUAAGUGUCUUUGAGCUUUGAUAGUGAAGAGAGACCUCCAGCAACUUUUAGACUAGGUAAGAGGAAUAUUGGGAAUAUGACUUAUAAAUUUUACCAUAGGGCAAUUAUUAUAAGUUUAUGGUUAACAUUUCUUAAGGUUCAACUGAAAUUCAGUUAAAAUUUCAAAGCUAAGAGAUGCUUAAAUCUUAGCUAAAUAUUACCUAUAGAAACAAAGUAUGGAAUUAAAAAACCACCAGUUUUUAAAGACUGCUUUAAACUACUUAGAAUGAAUUCUAGGAAAUAUCUAAGUAAACUCUAUUAUGUGUUUCUUCUUUGGUUUUGGGGGAGAGUUGUUCGUUUUCUGCAAAAGAGCUAUUACAGGCUGUCAGUGUAUUUAUUUUAUAUUUUGGCAUGUCUUUGGCUGGUUAAAAGUGGUAGGUUUUGCUUUAGACAGGGAAUCAGUUUAUGAUAAUUGUUACUACUCUGAACUGCCUCUUGGGCUUUACAUUAGGUCAAGGAUUUUCAAUGUAUUCCAGAUAUCAGACUUUUGUCAGCAUAUCCAUGCUGAGUAAGUCACCUUUCUGGGUCUGAUUUCUAGGUGGCCAUCUGUUGUCCAGCUCUGCUGCCAACUGGAUUUUCUAAAAGCUGUGUCAACUAAUCUUUUUAUUUGCUAACACAAUACAGAUACGAAAAGGGCAAGAAUAUUCUAGAUAAUCAGUUGUAAGAGAUUUUUGUUAAUUUGGCAUUUUGGAAGAGAUAGGUGGCAAGUAGAGGAAGGAAUAAUUUUUUUGGAAAAUUUGUGGUAGCAUAAAGCUUUUUUCUGUGUAUAGAUGCUGAACUGAGUGGGAGGCAGCUUAUUUCUAACCCCAACUGUUCUGACCUUUUAAAACACAAGCUCUUUGGGAGAUGGAAGAAAAACACAGGAUCCUGCAAAGAAAAGCAAUUAGCAUUUUCUUUAAUGUAUUUUUUUCAAGGAGUACCACUGAAUCCUGUUCUCUAACCCAAAGGACAGUGUAGGUGGUUUUAAGCCCACAGAAUAUUCAAGUAUUUCUCUUGUGGUGUCUUGGUGGGGUGGUAAGAUGCUAAAGAGGAUUAAAGAUCAACUUAAGCAUUGGAUGAACUGCCUCUGUCACAUAGACUUAUUGCGGGCUGGGUGCGAUGAUGGACGCUGACGUCCUCAGCCUGCUGUGAUCAUUUGCUCUCCCUAGCCUCCUUUCUGGCUUCGGAAUCUUUUGGUUCCAGCUCUCCUGGAAUUUUUUUAGUGCUGAUAGUGAGUUCCCGAUUGACUUCAGCUACAUCUUCUUUCCAGGUAGUCUUAACAGAUGGUCAAUGAAAAGACCACAAAGGCUGUUGAAUUCCUCUGUGGCUUAAAAAAGUUGUUCAAGUCCAGUGUCUUAUUAAUGCCUUGUUCUUUGACCCAGGCACUAUCUUGAAUGCUCUUACAUACUGGGGAUAACAGCAAUGUGUAAUUUGAAAUAGACUCCUUCAUCUACCAAGUAAGAUGACCAGUCUAGUUUUAUCUUGGGACAGAAGAGAGGUUUGAAUGAACUAGCUUUUCCAAGUUUAAAAAGUCAAAAGUGAACAGAACUCUGCCUAAUUUUGUGAAAAAAAAAUUGGCACUUGUACAUAGAAUGUAUUCCUUUCACCAUUCUUUCAAGAAACAUAAGCAUACAUUAUGUUAUCAUUGAAGAUAGGCAGUUUCUUCCCUGUAGUAGUUUAUAAUGUAGUAGGUGAGAAAGUUAUGUAUACAAAGUAUGUGUGAUAGCAAAAUGUGAUAGCAUUUAUUUUUGAGAUAAUCCCAGGAUUCUAGAAGAAAACAAUGAAUGUGACAAUUCAGUAAAGAUAUGAACUUCCUUCUUCUAGAGGAGCAAUGUUUAAGCUGAACUUGAGAAUACUGUGCAAAAGCACAGUGAUAUGUUAAGGACUAUAAAUGCCUAGCUUGUGCCACUUGGGAAGUAUCAACACAAAAACCUAGAAAGGUGAAUAGAGAUUAGUUCCUAGACAGUCUUGUAUUUUUCUCAUUCUAUAACCUACCUCAAAAUUGAAGUUGAAAAUGUUUUCCCUACUGCCUAACACAAAACUACUUAAGGAAAAAACAAAUUCCUCCCUGGUGUAUGUACAAACAAGGUUGAAUAUAUACAUGCCCACCCUAUUUUGGACCAGGGAUAUAAUAGUAUACUGUCCAGAAACUCGCCUGAAUAGUAUGUAAGGUAGAGGCAACUGACUGGUCAAGUUAGUAUUUUUAGGAACUCUUAAUAGCUUGUACUCCAUUGAUGCCAAAAGCAGCCAUGAUUGUUAGAGCACACAACCUGCACAAGAAGCAGAGGUAGGUGCUUUGCCUACAUUUCCUGGGUGCAAAAUAUAAAUUUCCAAUAAGGACUUUAUUUUCAAAGCCUUUGACAAGUUACUGUAUGAUAGGAAGCUAAAAACAAAAAUGAAAGAUUCUUGGGGGCCACUCGAUGCUUUCUUUGGUCAAUUAACAGUAGAUGUUCAAAAUUGUACCUAAUGCCAGCAUUGUGAAUAUCUUAUUCUGAAUAAGAAAAUCGCUACUAGCUUCCGAAAAAUGGUUUCAUAAUUAUUUAUAUACUGCCUUCCAUGGUUUCUUUUACUUUGCCCUCAACUAAUCCCAAAGUAAUAAUCUGAAAUAGUACUCCAAUAUCAGGAAAAAAGGGGAGGUGGAAAUAUAUUUCCUGUGAUUCUAAGAUUACAAUCAUCCUAAUUUCUGGUUAGCUCAUAUGUCUAGUAUGUAAUAAAAAUCAAAGUGAACUCUCAAGCCUCCUAGUGUUGUCUUAUUGUCAGAUGAAUGAAAGCAGUUUGUAGAGCAUUAAAAAUAGCCACCUUUUUAGCAAGAUAGGAAUAGAGAAAUUUUAUAUUUUACCUGCAUUUUAAUUCAUGGCUGGUCAAGAUUAGUUUUGGGGUAUUGUAUCUUAAAGCUGUUCAAUAUAUUAUAUUGCUAUUUCUUCAAGUAAGCUUUCAAUAGCCUAAAUGUCUCUGGUGGUUUGCUUGGGAUCUGAAGUCUUUAAUUCCACCAGAGAUGAUCAAAAUCUGAUUCUGAAUGAAAGUGACAAUUAUUAAUUACUAACAGUUGUUUUCAGCUUUGUCCUCAACUGAGACCCUUCAGUUGCCCAAACAUUCUGGCAAGUAGCUAUCAUUUUCUGUCCAAAAUCUGUGAGCAGUGUCCAUCAGAGACAGACUAUUCAGCCAAUUUAUACUAUUUAUUGAGAAAUAGGAAAACUUGUGCCUUGCUUUAAGGAACAUGGGCUUCCUGCUGUUAACUUCCCAGAACUGAAUUAACAAGGACAAAUCUUUGUCAGACUUGUUACUAGAAAGAAUUUACCUAACCAAAUGAAUUGCAACAACUAAAUUUUUAGUUUUAGAGCUCAAAAAAAAAUAUUUAAGAUAUAGACAGUAUCUUAGUUUCCUUCACUGUAUGUUGUAAACCUUCCUCAGUGCUUCAUUUUACUACCAAUUAAUAUAAGAUUUUAUGGGAAAAUCACUAGAUUUCUGAUUUCUAACAAGUCAAAAUUCAAAAUGUGUUUGCUUAAGAUCAUUGAAUUUAAUAUGUCCAGAAGAGCAAAAUCUGUUUUUAAUUCAGAUGGUUUACAAUAAUUUCCUUAACCGUGAACAGAUUCAUGUGAGGCAGUAAAGAGAGAAAAACAUAAAUAUUGAAAUAAGAGUAAGUUACUUCACACACUUUGUGGAGGAUAAGAACACUCAAGAACUCAUAAUACUUGAACACUACCAUUUGAACUUUGACAAGGGAAGUAGCCUGAGAGCAAAUGUGUAGAGGCCUGUGGUUUGUUCCCAAAGUGCCAAAAGCUAUAAUUCACUAGACACUUCAAAUUUUUUUUUUUUUUUUUUUGGUUACUAUGUGUAGGCUAAAUGCUGGAAAAGUAAUGUGCAAAGAUAUUGAACUGUUUAAAAAGAAAACAUUUAAGGCAUGAGGGAUUUCAAGAAAGCAUCAAAGAAAAUCUUUGCAGUAAACUAAGUAUUAAAUGUGAUCUGCAGGCUCAAGAUAACACCAAAAGAUUUGACUUUGGAAAUUAAGUUACACAGAUAUUGAAAAUACUGUACAACAUUAGGGCUGCGAAAAGGCAGAAGAUAGUAUUUUUCUUUUGAUUUUAUUUAAUAGAAGUAGUUUACUCUUUGCUUUUUAAAAAAGUAUUUACAUCACAAGCAUCUUGACAGAAGUCUUAAUUCAAUCUGUUAACAGAAGUUUAAAAGAAAACUAUUGAGACCUGCCAUAAAGAACAGAAAUAGGGGUAGAACUCAGGAAGAAUCUUUAAGAGCCCCCCCCACCUCCCCGCCAAAGAGUGGAAAAUUAAUCCCUCUGCGAGUCCCAGUCCAAAAGGUAUAGGCCACCUUAUCUCCCAUUUCAUCUCUAGAUGAAUCCCUGGAGGGUUAUCUGUGUGCCAGACAGUCAGUGCUGGGUCAGGGUUGCUCUUAUUAUCAUGUAUCAUGGAACCUAGAUUCUAGUGAAAAACAACUAACCAAAAUAAUUAGGUAAGCAUACACAACUUCUAGUAAGGACCCUGAAGAAAAGCCUGAAGGAUUUGAGUGGUGUGGUCAGAGAAGGCCAGUCCACAAAGUUGAUAGUUAGGCUAAGACCUACUGCAAAUAAAGAACAUGAGUAAAGAAGCAGAAGGAACCUGGUAUUCAAAGACCCAGAGACAGGAAAGAGCUUGGGACUUGAAGGGGUAAAGAAAUUGAUAGAAAACUAGCAUCAAGAAUGCUAGUUAAUGUUUCUAGUACUGAAUGAGGCAAAGAUGGUGUACAUUGAAAUAAAAAGCCAAAUAAAUCAUGCAGGGCUUCGGACCGUAGAAAAGAUGGCCAACCCAUCCAAAGUAUGUGAUCUUACACAAUUGUAGGAUCUGGUAUAGUAGCCUCUGUACGGCUGUCCUUGUGUCUAAUGUGGGACCUGAAAUCUCCAGGGCAGGUAAUUGGGAAGGGAAAGGUAGAGGCUGUGUCAGCUUAUGUCGAUCUGUUCUUGGUGCUGUGGAUGCCCUGCAGAAAGAAGCCAGUGCCCUUCAUCUUGAAGUCAAAUCCAUCCGGCCCAGGAGACUGGGCUGAAGAAGGAGGGAAGGGGAGGGGAAAAUAGUUGUGGGUCCACCUGCUGCUUCAUACCAAAAAUGUUAGUCCACAGAUCUGUUAAAUCAUGAAGAGCUACAAAGUGACUGCCACUUCAUCUCUGCGGAACAAAUUUCACCCAAGACUCUCUGCUGUGUUCUACACUAACCAGAACUUUACAAGGUCAAUUCUAGGAAAUGUGGUUCAGCCUGACCAAGUUGACACGUUACAAAGUCAUCAUGCCCUCUAAGACCCUUCAACCUGGAUCUCUUCCCAGCAACUCAAAACUUAAUAUAUCUGAAACAAUUCAUCUUCCCUUGUAAACCUGUUUCUCCAUCUGGAUUUUUCUAUUUUUUUAAAUAGUACUGCUUUCCUUCUGUGCUCAAAACUUUCUAAUCCUCUAAACUCCUUUUUUCUUUCUCAUAUCCUCCUCUUGCUACCCCUAUAACUUAUUUCCAUGGUUUUUACCUCUGCAGUGCCCACCCCAGGUGGAGGAGUUCAAACUCAACAGGUGAUUAUACGAUCCCACACACUGAUUUCAUAUUUAGUUUGAUAUAAGCCCCCUUCUGGAACCCCAGAAGUAAGAAAGGCCAUUUUCCCCUCCAAAAGCACGUCGAGGGGAGUGAGUUAUAGCAGAGGAGCUGGCAUGCUAUUAUCAUUAUUUAAACCAAGAAUAACACACUGUAGACAAGAUGAAAGAUCUAAUAAAAAUGUGUCCUUCCUGAUUCUAAAACUUCAACAGCUGGGCUUUCCCAUGUGGAAUAAUAUUACAUAAAUAACUCAGCCAGGAAACAGAGAGGCUGUGAAGAAGUCCAACAAAAUGAUAGAUGAUCGUGGACACUCUGGGUAUCACACCCAGUGGAAUUAUACGGAAGUAAGUGGUCAUUGGAAGAUGCUGGUGAGCUGAUGCGGGUAUGUGUGAGCAACAGACUUUACAGAACCUGACAAUUACCUGAGUCAUGUAUCACUAGUUCUACAGAAGUUUUCUUUCUACUUAAGCAUAAUGACACUCCCUAAUCUAAUCCAUAGGGACCUAUUCUGCUCCAUCCAAAUUUGUCAUCUUUUAAUUAGUCAUGGAAAUCUAGAGAAAUUGGCUCUCAGAAAAUAAACAUGUUGAGCUUUAAAACU